AAGAUGGCCAAACCUCUAGACCACAUCAAGAGACCCAUGAACGCCUUCAUGGUCUGGUCCAGGGGUCAGAGACGGAGGAUGGCGCAGGAGAACCCCAAGAUGCACAACUCGGAGAUCAGUAAGAGACUGGGCGCGCAGUGGAAGCAGCUCACCGACACCGAGAAGCGUCCGUUCAUCGACGAAGCCAAGCGGCUCCGGGCUCAGCACAUGAAGGAGCACCCGGACUACAAGUACCGGCCGAGGCGCAAACCCAAGGCUCUUCACCGGAGAGAGCGCAUCGUGUUCCCGCUGCCCUCUCUGCUUGGAGACGCGUCACAAUUCAAGAGCUUGCCCAUGGACUCCAUCCUGGUCCAUGGAGACGAGACGGCGACUCUCUUCGCUCCAGGUUCGUCGUCUCACCCGCUGCUGGAGCCGGUCGGUCAGUUCAGCACCGGAGCUGUUCAGCGAGGAGCGGAGUUCCAGCGUCCACUGGCCGCGGGAGCGCCGCCCUACAGCGCGCACCCGUUCGGGUACCACCCCGGCGGGAUUGGGGGUCUGACCUGCCUGGGUCAUCACGCGCGCACUCCCCCGCCCAGCCCCGGGUACGUGCUGCCGUGUAACUGCGGACACUGGAGCUCCAGUUUACAGCCGCAGGUCGCUUACAUCCUCCUGCCGGGAGGAGUCAGCAAAGUGGACGCCUAA